UGAACUGCCUGCUGGAACCGAUACCGUCAUGUUGUGCAAAGACCCUCACAGUGUUAUUAGGAGGGAGUUCAAAAGGGUUUGGACAUAACGUCAGCGAAAGAAAAGCCAAUAUAUUUCUCCAGCCAGAAUGAUGUGAGUUGUUAUAGUUCAUGGGUCCUAGACGGUUUACUCUGCAGACAAUGUAGCAAACACAGUGAUACCAAGGUCAGAUCACCAGACACAAUGUGACAGAUCGAAAACGCACUGCAUUUUUGCAACAUUGAACACAGAAUUUUGACUCGAACCAACAACUAUUCCUGGGAAUAACUCGAUAAGAUCUGCGGAGCCACAAGUGAGGCUGUGUCUCUCUGGUUCAAAAAGGUCCCUAUAGGGGGCCCACAUCUCGCUUUCUGCACAGGCAAGCAGAUUUAUUGCCGUUUUAAGGAGAGCCUAGGCUGGGGCGCGUCCGCCUGCGUGAUCGCGCUCGCUCCACGGCCGACGGCGCGCGUCUGUGGAUCCAGGUGAAUGAAGUAGUCGGGCAGGAACACCAUGGAACAGAACUCCGCUGGCAAACUGCUGUGGAUCCUCACUUUGGGGACAGUUUGUGUAUGUAGUGUGGAGCCUACAUCCCGCAGGUAUUGACUGUUCUUUGGAAAGCGACUCCUUUGUAAACUUGUGAAAACCGUUUGAUGAGUUUUCAAAAGCUCGUUCAGUUUCAGCGAAGCCAAUAUUCGCGAUAUUAAUCUGUUUCACUUUGAAGCAAAGUUUGUAAAUCAACCAUUGUGCCUGGGUUUAUUACACAUGUGGAGCUGUUGUUGAUUCCGAAGCUCAAGGCAUUAUCCUCUCACCUGGUUUUCCCACAAGUUACGUUCCAGGCACUCACUGUUUGUGGCAGUUCUUCAUCCCCGCUGGUGUUCGUCUUGUUUUGGAAGUUUUUGAUUUUGACGUGUUUGAGAGUCAACAUAAUGCUAAAUCUCUACUUGGUGACCAAUCAACUCCUGUGAUGACAAAUGGAGGGAGAUCUGUUUCUGGGCCAUCAGAAAAAAGGGGAACUGUCCAGAGUCGAGAAUCCAAUGACUUAUAUCCUCACGCAAAGGAAUAUGUUCAAAGUGGAAGAAGAAGGAUAUUGUUUAAUGAGACAAAUGUGUCUAAUUCGAAACGUUUUGAAGGAGACUACUCUAUGACCCAUUCCUAUAAAGCUAAAGACAAACAAGUAGUGGCACAGGAAGAGUCCGCAACAUUAGAAAUGGUUAAGAUGCCACCAUUAAAGCAGGAUUUCGUAAGCACAGACUCUUGGCUUGGCAAAUUGAACAAGAAUGAUUCUGAAAAGUCAAAUCUGAGUGUUCCACAUACAGGUUUUGGCAGUUACCAAGACAUGAAUGCAGACCCACAACUCAACAGCGAAUGGGUCCAAAAAGGUGAAAAGAGGCUUGCAAUUGACCAGCGUCAGGAACAGCAAGUAAAUGAUUUGACUGAGUUCACAGUGACCCCUGUGACAAAAGUGACACCCCUCAUCCCUCCAGAGAUCUGCCCAAAUGAUGUUUUAUACAUUUCGGACCUGAUUACAUUCUCUGCCCGAUUUUGUGGGGCCAAUAGCCCCAUCAACAAGACGUUGAUGUUUGGCUCUUCCCUAGAGAUGGUGGAGGUGGUGGUGGAGCUGAUCACCACCACAGACCGGGGCCGUGGCUUCCUGCUACUCUACCAGUUUAAAACUGGCACAGACCCUGAUCUUCGGACCUUGGUAAAGCACGGGGAACAAGACAACCUCAUUCAUUUCCUAGUCAUUGCUAGCAUUGCUAUCUUAUCGGCAGUUCUUCUGGUUGCGCUCUGCCAUACCUGGAGGAAAAAGGCUCAUUGUAAAGGAGGUCAUUCCCAUUGCUCAAGGAGGCAUGAGAAUGGGAUCCAGAAUUCUGCAGUUGAUAUCGGAGAAAUGCAGCUUGUGGCCAACAGGACAAACCAGGAGGUCUCGUUAGAAAAUGAAAACAACAAUCACAGCAUCAGUCUCGGGGGAAUGGGUAAUUCAAACCGCACUGAUGUGGAAAUGGCCUCCAGUGAGUCAGCAGUGACAGAGACUGGGAGUGAUGAGAUCUUUGUGAUUUCAACUGGUCUCAGCCUGGGCAAUUUACAUUUCUCCAGCUUUAAAACAAAGGUCCCCAAGAGAAGCCCAAUGCGUUCAUCUCCCACAUGUGAUUGGCUCGCGCCGGAUCUCCUGGUUUCGGAAGGAGAGAAGCCACCGUUGAUUAGAAAAGGUGAAAGUGGAGGAGCCUCCCCAACCCAACAAUGCGCCUGGAGCAUCCGGAACUUCCAUGAUGCUUUGGGGCCAUUGCCGCAGCCACCAAGAGAUUGGCGUGACUGGAUGAAUACAAGUUCAUUUACAAAACUGGUGGAGAAUUGUGGCACUGGCAACUCACCAAGUGGCCACCACAUUGAGAACAAGCGGAAAGUUGUGUCUGAUAUGCAGUUGGAAACAGAAUUGGAGCAAACAUAUGAUUCUUCAGGAAGUGCUGCUUCUUAUCCACUCGCUCAAUCUGCACAGAGCCAUCGUGGGCUCUUCACAGGCACCAACCUGAGAAAAGCCUGGUUUGGAAGUCCCUGCUUUGGCUUCCGGCCAAACGCACGUCAGCACAACUUGAGCGUAACCACUAACUGUGACAACCGUACAUGCCAGCAACCAGAUCCACAACCUGUGCCAUCCCAUCAAGGUCCCAGGUUCUUCACAGACAGCUCUGUGUCCAACAACAUCAAGAGUCUCCACUCUGACUCAACCAAAACCAGGCAUCUGGCAAAUCAGUCAGAUCGAAAAACCCUGACAAAGCCAGUUUUUGUCAUUUCAGAAGUGAAUGAAGAUCGACAACCUCUGGUAAAAUCUCUACAUCCUGCUGGCCUGUCUGGUAAUCUAGCCCAGUUUGAAGAAGUUACACUUGACAAAGUUAAGAAAGCUUCAGAUGUACAGGAACGGAAUCAUCCAAUUAAUGCGGCAUCUUUAAAGUAAUUCCAACCUACAAUUCUAUCCGGAGGAUAAAUUUGCAAGCUUCUCCUAUCAACAUAAUGAUGUCUGAGAAGGGCAAAGCUGUAUCUUGCUAAUUGAGACAACUGGGGCUGACCUACCAGGUCUGAGAAAGGCACCAGCUCUUAAAACAAAGUCAUAAAAGUGAUGACCUACAGCAUAACCUAUAGUUACUUGACAUCAGUGAUAAAAUAUUGUGUUAAGACAAUAGUGCUAUAGGAAGUGGUUUCAAUCUUUCACUGACAACUGGUUGGAUUCUCUCAAAAACAACUAUCCAUAGAUUCUUCUCACCCAGAUCCUGAAGAUUGGGUCUCAUGGCUAAAGUGACAAAAUUUCAUUAGACUUCUUCGGCUUUCCAUUUAAGAAGCAAAGAAGAGGUCAGGAUUACAGAUCUAUAUUUAAUUUGAGCUAAACAAACUUUACAUCUCAACUAUAUUCUGCACAGCUUCUCCAGCUAGCUGACAAUUUUAAAAUAUAAAUAAGUGGACAUCAUCAAAUCUCUUUCUCAUGUCUGUGGUAAAUGUUUAUUCAUGAAAAUCCUGCCCAAUUUAUUGAGCAGCAGUAAAAUUCUAGAAGAAAGCUGCCACUUCCAGUGCGAGUGAUUUUUAUUUUUAAAUGAGUAUUAAGAUUUUUUUGAAGAGGUGAAAUUCAAUAAGAAACAGCAACAAGCAGACAGUUGAUAAAAGGAAAACGGAUUCAAAAUCACCUGUGAACAUUCACCAGUAAAAAAAGAGUCAGGUCGGAGAGGUGUGUGCACACUGCUCCACAUGGAAAUGUUUGUCUCAUUUUUCUAGUACUCCUGCACCCUCUUGUCUAUCCCGUUGUUUGCCAAUCUUUGACAGGUGAAAACCAAAUUGUAAUAAAGCCACAGGACACGAAGCUAAGGCAAGAAUCUAAUUAAUGAUUUGAGGGUCGUCAGUUGGCAACUUAUCUUUGAAAUUAACUAUUAUUGCUUGUUUUCAUUUUCAUUCCAAUAAACUGCAACUUAUCUCAAAAAAUCAAGUAUCAAAACUGUGAAAUGAUUAGAUUGUAAACAAGAAUUUUAUAUUUUUACACAUGACUGCACUUUUAUCCACAGUAUUUUCUCCCUCCAUGUUGGUUAAAAUAGUAAAAUUCCACACAUGGCACUUCGACUGGGACCAAAUCAAAAGUUACUGGGAAAUUACUGGCAGCAUCUGUGAAGAAAAAGUAGAGUGUUAAUAUUUCAGGUCCAGUGACCCUUCCUUGGAACUGGAGUGGGACUGGACAGUCAUCCAAUGAAAAACAGGGUUUGAAACUUUAGACACUUUGCCAGUUAUUUGAAUCAGUUGUUUAAUAGUAGGCUUCCCCCCUCCCCCCCAUUGCAUGUUUCACUUGCAGUUUAAAGUGAAUGGCAGUGAAGAGUUGGCUCAUAGACAGCUAAGUCAUUUAAUCAAAUUUUCAUUGGCUACGUUAACAUGAUAGACAAACUGUAUUAAUAGCCUAGUUCAUGUUUUAUAUUCUCUCUCAUAAUUCUACACUAGUCCUUGGAAUAGAACAAUACACAAGGCCGUUCAGCCAGAUGGGUCUAUCAGCUGUCUAUGCUCUGGUUACUUCCAUGGCCUACCUUAUUUUCCAGGAUUUUUCAUCCAUAUUUAUCCAGUAUCAUUUCAAACACUACCACCAAAUCUCCAUCCAACGUCCUCAGUGGAUUUUUAAAUAGUAUUCAAAAAAAGAAGCUCUCCCAAUUUCACCUUUGGUAAAAUGAACUUAAACUUAAAUUGUGUCAUCUGGUUACCAUCUCUCCUGUCAGCAGAAACCCUUUCUCCUGAUCACUUAAGAAAUUACGAAAGGUUUUGAUAUUCCACAACCCGGUCCUCUCCUCAGUCAGCCAGUCCCAGUAGGAGAAGAAAUAGUCAAUUUCACUGUGGUGUGCCCUUCAUUUAAUAACUAUUUCAUCCUUACAAAACUAGUUUUGGGUCAUUCAGAUAAUAGAAACUAUUUCCAGCAUGCAAUAGGAACCUGGACUUGACAAUGAAAAUUUAUUUGCAGCUCAAGUACCUAGAGACUGUGGCUGGGGUGAGGUACCAGUAAGAAGCUAUUAUUAUGGGCUCUUACAUCAAUGUGACAACUGAUCACCUGUCUUCAACAAUGGCAAAGCUACUCAGUUAUUGAACAAAAACCUCAGUUCUGGUCACCUUGUUAUGAAGAGGAUGAUUAUUAAGCUGGAGAGGGUUCUGAAGCGAUUUACCAAGAUGGUACUAGGAUUGGAGUUAUAAAGGAGAGACUGGGACUUAUUUUUUCCAACCGAAGCAUGGGAGUUUGAAGAGUGACCUUAGACGUUUAGAAAAUCAGGACGGGCAGAGAUAAAGGGAAAUGACCAGGGUAUUUUCCCUCAGGUAGGGGAAUUCAAGACUAGGGGACAUUUUGAAAAGGCAUGAGGGGCAUUUCUCCACCCCACACCCCCACAGUGUGGUUCACAUGUGGCUAGAACUUCCAAAGGAAAUGAUGGAUGCAGGUAGUUAUAUGUAAAAAGACAUUUUGAUAAGUACAUGAAUAAAAAAAAGUUUUGGAAGGAAAUGCUCCAAGCACAGGCAGGUGGGAUUAUGGUAAGCAUGGAUGGGUUGGACCAAAAGGGUCUGUUUCCAUGAUGUAUGACUUUGACUGUUUCCCAUAAAGUCCCAAGAUCAACAAAGUCCCUUUGCAAUGGUGAAGAAAAUAUUGCACAGUCCCUUCCUUUUAAGUUCUUUAAAACCCACCAAAUGUCUUAUUCAAAAGGAUACAACUUUCCCCUGUCUUACAUAGACAGUGCCUCACCUGUCCAAAAAAAAAUCACCCCAGCAACCACUGCUUCCAACAGACACAUACUUGCCUAGUUUAAUUAGCAUGACUGCCAGAGACAGGGUACUAAAGAAAUGGUUGAAAAGGACAGUAAAUGCAAUGCUGUGUACAACUUUGCAGCCUCAUUUGAAUGCUAAUGAAGUAAACAAAUCUAAAAUAUGUCCUUAAUAACAGUGAUUGUUUUGUGGUAACACUCUAAUGGUAAUAGGCCCAUUUGUUAGUGCUGGAGACCUAGUUAUAAUUCUAUUAUCUCUGUGACCUCUAAGUAAUUCAUGACCUACAGCUAACAAGGACGAUUCUGUUGUUAAAUUGAGGUCACAUUAUAACCAAUUUGUUCAUCAGUCCUGAAAUGAAUCGUAAUUUAUAACUUAAACAAAAGCAUUUGUAGGAAUAAAAGAACUGUCAUGCAAUGUACU